UCUAAAAUCGGCUGCAAAAUGACAAGUUUUCAUGAUGUUUUGCAAGCUCAAAAACGCAUCUUAUCAUUUGUUCAUCGAACUCCUGUAUUUACGUCAGCGACUGUUGACAAGUUGACGGGCAGGAAAGUGUUUUUUAAGGCGGAGCACCUUCAGAAGACUGGUGCUUUCAAGGCGAGAGGUGCAAUAAAUGCGAUUCUCUCACUAAAAGAAAAGAACCCAAAAGUUCCUGGCGUUGUGACCCAUAGCAGCGGUAACCAUGGUAUGGCCGUGGCAUGGGCUGCGCAAAUCACAGGUAUGAACGCUGUGGUGGUCGUCCCAAAUAAUACUCCUGCUAUCAAAGCCAAAGCAAUAGAGGAUUAUGGAGCUGAGUUGGUGUAUUGUGAGCCUAGUCCCCAAUCAAGAAUUGAGACCUGUAAGGCACUUUCAGAAAAAAGGAACUUGACGAUAAUUCCUCCUUAUGACCAUUAUGAUGUCAUUGCAGGACAGGGGACAAUAGCUAUGGAGUUAAUGGAACAGGUACCUGAACUAGACGCUAUACUUGUUCCAAUCAGUGGAGGUGGCAUGACAUCAGGAAUAGCUAUAGCUGCAAAAUAUAUGAAACCGUCCAUUAAAGUGUUUGCUGUUGAACCAAAAGGCAAAGAUCUAGAAAAAUGUCUUUGUGCUGGAGAGCGCUUGUGGCCAAACCCACCAAGGUUUGUUAACACUAUCGCUGAAGGUAUAAGAACGCAACAAGUAGGCAUGUUGACAUUUCCAAUUUUGAAAGAGCUCGUUGAAAAAGAGGUCUUCACUGUGACUGAUGAUGAGAUGAUACAAACCAUGAAGUUUGCUAUGCAGAGAAUGAAGUUUGUGAUCGAGGCAAGUUCGGCUGCUGGAGUUGCUGCAGUGAUAUCAGAGAAAAUGAAAGAAAUGGAUCCAGCGAUUAAAAAUAUCGGGGUUAUCUUAUGUGGAGGAAAUGUCGAUUUGGACAAUUUACCUUGGCAGGCUAGCUAGCGUUUUUCUACACGUUUUCCAGAAAAACUGCUGGCUGAGGUGCAGAUUUACUUUUUGGACCCAAUUGUCUCGCUCAAACCCAAACCUACUCCGUUUGACCUAGCUGUCUGAGAAGUGGACUACAGCCUGAUGCAUAAUUUCAUUAUCAAAAAAAAUGGCUACGUAUACCAUUUGUACUACAUGUAUUUGGUCUGACCAUCUCAUUCGUAACAAGUCUAAAUCAUAGAGUUCUGUUCAGUAUAUAUCUAAACAUGGUAGAGAAAGUGGCCACACCUGGACUAUUUUUGAUUGGAGAGCUUUUAGUUAUAUAUCAACACACCGGUAUGAAACCGGCCGUUAAUGUCAUGUUCCAAUGGAGUUACAUCAGUCAGUGAUAAGGUUACAACAAAAUGAUCCAUGUGUAUACUACCUCGUGUAGUUGGACAUUAGACUGUGAUAAGAUGCAGAUAUGAUUUUGCAAUAAAUUAUGACUGAUUUAAGAUUACAUUUUCUAGUGGUAUGUAUGAUACAGGGUAUAUCGGGUGGGCCAGUGAAAAUAAGUACACUACAUGUGUUUUUAUUAAUUUCCUUUCGAAUUGUGUUGCUCAGCCCAAACUAGAAUCGUUUGAACAUUUGUAUGAAAAAAAAUAUUUUGAUUGAAUUUACGAACUUUAUUAUAAAAUAUUCCUAUUAUCGCUAAACUUUUGUUGUUCAUUAUUCAAUUUCAAAUCCAGGCUACAACGUACCGUGAUUCUGUACUCGGCCCAGUUAGUUAUGACCGAUGAAUCUUGGUUCCAUGCUUUCCUGUUAGAUGGCGAACCUUGUAUAUGUGCAGGCUAUGCACAUCGGUCUCCUUGCGUCUUUCAGGCGCUAUUGUAACACUGGGUAGUCGAGAAGCAGGGAGUGUGACCCCCAGUUCGGUUGUGACUUGA